AUGGAAACCAAACUUCAAGCACACCGAAUUGAAAAAAUAAGAAUCCGCAUUGGGUUUGGGAGUGUGUUUGUCGUAGAUGGCAUUGGAAAAAGCAGAGGUCUAGCACUUUUUUGGACUACGGAGGUAAGGGUUGAUAUACAAAAUUAUAGCCGGCGUCAUAUUAACGCCGUAGUGAAGGAAGAUGGAGUGGCUCAAGGGUGGAAAUUUACAGGAUUUUACGGGCAUCCAGAGGUGUUAAAAAGAAAAGAAUCGUGGACUCUUCUACGACACCUUAGCUCGUACCAGUCGUCGGCGUGGUUGAGCAUGGGUGACUAUAACGAAAUCUCAAGUGAUGAGGAGAAAUUUGGAGUCCGCCGACAACCUAGAAGGCAAAUGAACGACUUUCGUGAUGCUAUUGAAGGGAGUAGGUUGGUUGAUCUUGGGUUUGUUGGGCCGAAAUUUACUUGGAGCAACAGUCAAUUAGUGGGGCAUUUCACGAUGGAACGUUUAGAUCGCGCUUUGGCAAAUGAGGAAUGGAAGGAAUUGUACCCUUUCCGUAGGGUGGAAGUGUUGGCUGCGUGUGCUUCGGAUCAUGCACCAGUAAUGAUUUCUUUUCACAAAAAUGCGUCGCAAAGGCGUAAAAAGAAAUUUAUUUUCGGGUAUGAGGUAGCUUGGCACAAAUGUACAACCUACAAAGAAGUGAUUAAGAAGGUGUGUAGGGUAAAAGAAAAUAACAGAGGUGCUUGGUAUUCGGUCUUGAAUAAAUUGGAGAAAUGCAAAAAUUCUCUUAUCCAAUGGAAGAAGGAGAAUAAAAGCCAAUCCGAAGAUAUCCUCAAACAGACUACAACUAAACUCUUGGAACUGCAGGGUGAGGAGGAAGAAUGGGACCUAGAUGAGAUUAAAAAUCUCCAAUCGAUGGCAAAUGGCCUAUUGGAAGAGGAAGAGAUGAAGUGGCAACAACGGGCAAAAGUAGAUUGGCUCAAGCAUGGGGAUAAAAAUUCCAAAUAUUUCCAUGCUUGUGCCACUCAGAGGAGACGUGCCAACAAAAUUUCAAGCAUAAUUGAUGCUGAGGGGAUCACAUGUGAUUCUCCAGAGUCUGUCGUAGAAGCUUUUCUAUCAUAUUUUCGGUGGGUACUCUCCACAUCAAGUCCUACAGGGGUGGAAGAAGCUCUGGCGGUGGUGCCUAGGAGAAUUACGAACCAGAUGAAUGUUGAUUUGGAGAGAGAGAUUUCUAUAGAAGAAGUCAGUUUGGCGCUAAGCCAAAUGACGCCUUUAAAAUCCACAGGACCUGAUGGUUUUCCUGUUGGAUUUUUUCAAGAUAAUUGGGUUGUAGUGGCUUUACAAUAUUUUUUCUCAUCUGGUGUUAUUUUUCCAACAAUUAAUUCCACUUUCAUUGCUCUUGUUCCCAAAAAAUCUAACCCCUAUGUGGUAUCAGAUUUUCGACCCAUAUCUUUAUGA